UCAACCAUCAGUCCCAGUUGGGAAUGGAGAUGGUUAAACAAUAACGGCUCAGUUUUUUAUGCAUUACGUAUCUUCCUACUCUUCUUUUUUUGUAUUAAUUGAAACCUCAGACGCAGUUCGCUUUGGGCUAAUUGAAAAGAGACUCGACUCUUCCGUCAAUUAGACAACACCGGCUUUUUGUUCUCAUCCGUCAUGGCGAUUGCCCACGUAGCCACCGAGUACGUGUUUAACGAUUUUUUGUUGAAGGACCCCACCGAGGCCAAGUACAAAGGGGUGCGUCUGGAGCUGGCGGUGGACAAAAUAGUGACGUUUCUGGCGGUGGGACUGCCUUUGUUUCUCAUCUCGCUCGCUUUUGCUCAAGAGGUGUCAGUUGGUACCCAGAUCAGCUGCUUUGCUCCCACAAACUUCUCUUGGAGACAGGCCGCAUAUGUGGACUCGUUUUGUUGGGCAGCUGUACAGCAACAAGGUGACAGCUCACCACUAUGGCUGCACAAGUUCUUCCCAUACAUCCUGCUCUUACUGGCCAUCCUCAUGUAUAUCCCGGCCCUCUUCUGGCGUUUCACUGCAGCUCCGCACAUCUCCUCUGACCUGAACUUCAUCAUGGAGGAGCUGGACCGCUUUUAUAAUCGUGCCAUCAGAAUGGCCAAGAGUCUAGCAUCAUUGGAUAGCAAAGGUGCAUCUGAGGACAAACAGAGCGCUUUGGAUCUGACCGAGAGUUGCUUUAAAUACCCUUUAGUGGAGCAAUAUCUGAAGACCAAGCGCUUCUCUCACUGCCUCGUGGUCAAGUACCUAUCAUGUCGGGGCGUGACUCUGCUGACACUCCUGCUGGCCUGCAUCUACCUGGGCUACUACAUCCGACUUGCCUCUCACACUGAUGAGUUUCCCUGUGACCUGCGUACAGGGAUGCUGAAAAACGACAGCACGGUGCCGUCUGCUGUGCAGUGUAAGCUCGUGGCAGUCGGUGUCUUCAGGCUGCUCAGCUACAUCAACUUGGGGGUGUAUGUGCUUCUUGUUCCGCUGGUGGUGUACGCUGCUCUUGGACCAGCUCGCCAGAGCUCCCGCUUUCUCCGGCCUUACGAGCUGCUGCCAGGCUUUGGUGCUUUGGGCGUGGUCACGCCCUUCUACAACGACCUCAGCAUCUAUCUGUUGUUCCUGCAGGAGAAUCUGAGCGAACUCAAAUCAUUUAAGUGUCUGCAGGUGCUUGAGUUGUUGCAAGAGGCUGGUGACGAGGGGUUUGACACCAUGUGCCUGCUGCGAACUCUGGGUCAGGUGAAGACUGAUGUGAUAGACAGUAAGAAGACGUGCUCACGCGAGAACAACAAAGAGACUAAUAAAGCCGAGGAAUGAUUCCUCUGAGAAAAGGAAUAAGAUCGGCUGCGGUGGAAAAGAAGAUAAGUGAGAAAACCUGUGCACUUACAUUUAUCUGAAUUGCUGGUGAUGUAAUGCCUUACAACAGUGUAAUCCACAUCAAAAACAGAGGCCUCUAUACAUGCAAACAGUCUGUAGUUCGGCCAACAGAUCGUUUACUUCUCAGAUGUCUUCAUUUUAGUAAAUGUGAAUAUUCCAAGUCUGAAGUCUGAGGCCCUAACCUUGUUUCCUAUCUUUUUCUAUGGAACGUGCUACUUUUCUCUUGCCUGAUAUCAGACAGAAUUGUCAACUCGUUACACUCAAACUCUGUGGAGUGGGCAGACUCAAAAGUCUGGACCCAGGCAAACUUUUCUCAGGAUCUCAAAUGCCUUCCAAUCAUUAUUUAUAACAUAAUCUAUGUUCCUUUGCCUGAAAAUCUGUACAUCUGUACAAUUUCCAGUUGCAAGAGUCCACUUCCUGCCCUUUAUGUUAGAAUCACACGGGGUUUAGAGGUAUUUACAGUGGUGGGGUAAUAUUAAGAUGUUGUGAUUGAUGACAGUUUGUCGAUCCAAUGUAAGCAUAAUAUAAACAUGAAUUGUUUGGUAAUGUAAGAACCACUAGAGCAGCUAUGUCUGGACUGUAAAACAUGUGAUUAUUUAUGCAUAAAUGUGCUGUUAACAACAGGUGGUGUACUGUAUGUGCAUGUUGAAAGAAAAACAAGACCCUGGGUUGUCCAGACACAUGGACUGAUGUCAGCUCUGCAUUUCAUAUGAAAGAUGAAUGAAUAUUCUUUGGGGGACUAAAAUGUCAAGAACAGUUGUUGUCAGAUGUGAAAUCAUUCAGUCAUUAAGGGGCUUUAUACAAUUAAGUUAUGUUGUUCUCCAUUAAAUCAUUAUUGCCCACAGACAAGUCAAAUGUGAGUAAAUUCCAUUUCACUCUCCAUGUAAAAGAUAUUGAUUUCCAGAAUACUUGUGACCAGCAAACUAGAAACAUCUGUACAUUACAAUAAAAUGCAAAUAAUUGCCCUGCAAUAAAUAUGAUACCUACAAA